AUGGCAGUGCGUGGCAAAAUUAGUGGUGAUGAGUGGGAUCGGGUUCCGGAUGACGAACUUGAAGAAACACUUGGAGAGAGACUUUGGGGUUUACGUGAAAUGUUUCCUGACUCAUUUAGAUGCAAAUUGGAAUCAUCAAUUGACUGGUCCGUGUGGGCUGCUAGACAUGCGUUUUCAUUCAUGAGAUCUACGUUAUGGAUCGUGUCAUCGUCUAUGAUGAUUUUAGUCUUGCCAUAUGUAAUUGAAAAAGAACGAUCUGAAUUUGAAAAAAGCCAGGUUGCUCAACAAAGACAGAUGCUCCUUGGUCCUAGUGCUGCUGUCAGCUCAGCCAAAAAUUAG